GAGAGAUGGUUUUAGUGUAGAGAGGCGGUGGCAAACAAGUAAAGAAUAACUGGAAGGGGUCUGAUGUUUCUUGAUGACCCAACGCUACUGACAUUGAAGCGGAGACGACUCUCGAUCAACGAAGAUCCCAUGGAACCUUCUUCUUCUUCAUCUCAGGCUAAGAUCGCUGGUAUAGUAGAGAAAUAUGGGAGAGAGAUUCGCGUUUUCGAGACUUCGAGCAUUUCUCAGAGGCCAAGUCAAGCUUCUUCUGUUGCUCAAGAGGAAUCUGAUGAGUUCUACGAGCUCACACCCACAGAUUAUUACCGUCUUGUAGCAUCUAAGAAAGAAGAUAAAUCUUUGAAGACAAGAAAGCUCCGUGAAGCAGAAGAAGCUGCUCGUCGAGCUAAGCUCACUAAGGCUGUGAUACGGGUUCGUUUUCCUGAUAACAACACAUUGGAGGCGACAUUUCAUCCUUCAGAAAAGAUCCAAUGCUUGAUUGAUCUUGUUAAAAGAGUACUUGCGCAGCCAGAGAUUCCUUUCUACUUGUACACAACUCCUCCCAAGAAGCAGAUUAAGGAUUUCUCACAAGACUUCUACUCUGCUGGGUUCAUUCCUGGUGCAAUUGUCUACUUUGCAAAUGAUCAACCAAAAGAUGAUGGUGCAAGUUCAACUCCUUACCUUAAUGAAGAGAUCUUGUCACUGAAAGAUGUAGAGGACAUGGCCAAAGUAGAGGAACCCGCUGAGCCAUCUUCAGAACCAGCCACGAGCGAUGCUGGUACUGUACCACUUGACCAAGAGCCCAAACCCGUGGAGAAGAAGAGCACAAAGCCUAAGUGGUUUAAAAUGUGAUUGAACAAUGGUUGAUAGUUACAGAGUGAAAGAAAAAGCAUGUUGCCUUUGAAUUGAAACGUGACAGUUAGUGUGACGGUAACAAUCUUAUUUUGUCGGUGUUUGGAUUUCCUCAGGCCUAAAAGUGAUGUUUAUCCAUAA